AUGACUAUUUCUCUUAGUCAAGAGAACAAAAAAUGCCCCGAGACCGGUAAUAUCGCGCUCGAUGGGCCUCAGUUAGGCGAAGCCUCAACUGAGGAAACAGAGCGCGGGGAAUCACGCGAGAUCUUCGAACUGAGCCAAGGCGGCGUCGAGUUCAGGACUGUCAGCUGGCAGCGAGCGACUGUUGUGUUCAUUAAAAUCAGCUUUGCGAUGAGCAUCCUCGCCACUCCAGGGGCUUUAGCGGCACUUGGCUCGGUUGGGGGAUCGUUAUGUAUCAUCGGAUUUACUACGUUGAAUACAUAUUCUGCUAUUAUCCUCGGCGAUUUUCGCAAUAAAUAUCCCCAAUGUCACAGUAAGUCUAUAUCCCAGGAUUCUUCAAAUCUAUCAGGAUUAAUACUUUCUGAAGUGCUGCCAGAUAUGAUGGCCUUCACCUGGGGACGUAUUGGCCGCGAACUCGUCGGAAUCCAGGUCAUAAUUGCUCAGAUCCUAAUUUCCGCAAGUGGAAUCGUUACAACAGCAACCGGAUUCAACGCUUUGUCGAGUCAUGGGACAUGCACAGUGACUUUUGCUCUUGUAUCCACAAUUUUGGUUACCAUAUGCUCGUCCAUCCGCAUGUUCUCUCGUCUGGGCUGGCUGACCUGGAUCGGCUUCUUCACCUUCCUUCUUGCAGUAUUUAUCUUCACGGGCGCCGUGACGCAGCAAGACCGACCUCCAGCAGCCCCACCAACCGGUGACUUUGAUCUCGGCUGGACACCCAUCGCGUACCCAUCCUUUGUUGUGGGUAUGCUGAAUGUAGAAAACAUCUUCAUCAGCACGGCUGGUUCGUCCAUGUUUUUACCUGUUAUCUCGGAGAUGCGCCGGCCCCCGGAUUAUCGCAAGGCUUGUAUCUCGGCCGGUUUCAUAGUUGGAGCUAUGUAUUUGUCGUUUAGUCUGGUUAUAUACCGCUGGUGUGGUGUUUGGCUUUCUGUUCCUGUCUUCGGCAGUGCUGGAAAGCUCUUCAAGCAGAUAUCUUAUGGUAUCGCAAUGCCAGGGCUUGUGAUUGGUGUUGGCAUCUACCAGCAUGUAGCGGCCAAGUACGCCUUUGUCCGGUUGCUCCGUGAUUCGAAACAUUUGCAGGCAAAUACCUGGGUUCACUGGCUCACCUGGCUCGGUAUGAACUUUAUACUGGGUGCUGUAGCUUUCGUUGUGGCAGAGGCAGUCCCGAUCUUGGAUUAUUUACUUGCUUUGGCCGGCGCACUGUGCUUCGCGCCCUUCAGCCUGAUUUUUCCGGCACUUCUCUGGUUUCAUGAUCAUAAAGACUAUAAAUCUGGGCCAAGGAUUCAGAAGGUAAAGUAUGGACUACAUGCGGGAAUUGUGAUUCUUGGGCUUUUCAUGACAGUUGGUGGAACGUAUGCCGUCUCUAUUUCGAUCAAGGACGCGUUUUCCAGUGGAGAUAUCGCCCAGGUCUUUGACUGCAGGGACAACUCUGGAUCCAACAACGGACUGAUCCACGAAUGUGAGGUAAAGCAGGUUGCCUGGGGUUGUGUGUUCAUCAUUCGGCCAAAAGAGAGUAUAAUACCGGAGCGUUUGCUACGGUAUUCCCAAGCUACAUAUAUCUGA